AUGUUACGCUCCCUUUUUGAUCGCAUUCUUGAAGAGGUAACUAAUGCUAACAAUUACUUUCAACAGAGAGCAGAUUGCAGAGGUCAACCUGGGUUUAGUCCUCAUCAAAAGGUUACCGCAGCAAUGAGGAUGUUAGCGUAUGGCAAUGCUGCUGAUGCGCUUGAUGAAUACCUUCGAAUGGGAGAGAGCACUGCAAGGGAGUGUUUGAAGAAAUUCUGUGACACUGUCGUGCGCAUCUAUGAAGCAGAAUUUCUUAGAAAACCAACACAAGAGGACAUUGACAGGCUCCUACGAAAAGGUGAGUCUCGUGGCUUUCCUGGUAUGCUUGGUUCAUUAGAUUGUAUGCAUUGGGAAUGGAAAAAUUGUCCUAGUGGUUGGCAAGGACAAUUUGUUGGGCAUUACCACCGUCCAACUAUUGGUAAUGCCCAACAAAUUGUCCUCGAGGCAGUAGCCUCGUAUGACACUUGGAUUUGGCAUGCAUUCUUUGGAAUGCCUGGUUCCCACAAUGAUAUAUCUGUCCUGGAUUGCUCUCAUUUGUUUGAUGAACUUGCUGAAGGUCAUGGUCCUAUUGUUAACUAUUUUCUUAAUCAAAAGCCACAUACAAUCGGAUAUUAUCUUACAGAUGGUAUAUAUCCCGCAUGGGGUACGAUUGUGAAAUCAAUAUCUCAGCCUCAAACUAGAAAGCUCAAGUACUUUGCUACUAAACAAGAAAAAUAUCGCAAGGACGUGGAGAGAGCUUUUGGGGUUCUCCAAGCUCGAUUUGCUAUUAUAAAGGGACCUGCUCGAACUUGGCAGUUAGAUUUUCUUGGCAAGAUAAUGAAGACAUGUAUAAUUUUACACAACAUGAUUGUUGAAGAUGAACGUCCAUCAGAGGAAGUAUCAUUAUGUGAUGUGCCCGAAAAUAGUACGAGAAGGAAUGAAGAAGAUGAGUACGAAUCUCUACCCGAUGCUGAAGAUGUGCAUCGACUUCCAGCGGACUUAGAUGUUUUCUUGGCUCGUUACACUCAGCUCAGGAGUAGCCGACGCCACGACGAACUCAAACAAGAUCUUAUUGAUCAUUUAUGGAAUCUUAGAGGCGGUCGACCUUAAGCAGUUCUCAUUUUUCAAGUGUAUUAUUGUUUUUAUUAGUGUUGGUUGUGUUAUGUUUCU